AUGACAUCUGGGAAACCAUUAGUUAUAGUACUAGCUGGUACUGCAGCCACAGGCAAAUCUACCAUUGCUGCAAGAAUCAUUAGAGAUUUUAAAGAUACUCUUCCAAAUUUGAAGUUUAUCGAAGGUGACGAUUUACAUCCACCAGCAAACAUUGCUAAGAUGUCUGCAGGAAUCCCGCUGCAGGACGAAGACCGUUGGGAGUGGUUAAAAGAUGUUGCUCAUAAAGGUUCUGAGUGUGCAAAGGCAAAUGGUGACGUAUCUAUCGUAGCAUGUUCAAGUUUGAAAAAGAAAUACAGAGAUUUAAUUAGACAGACUGAACCAGAGACAACUUUUUAUUUCAUUUUCCUUUAUGCAAGUAAAGAAGAAAUUUUAAAUAGAUUAAAUCAAAGGAAAGGUCAUUUUAUGAAGGCAAAUAUGAUGGAAUCACAAUUUAAAGAUUUGGAAUUACCAAGAUAUUUAAAGGAACCAAAUUGUAAAGUCAUCCUUCUAGAUGAUAAGGAUUUCCCACAAAUUGAAGAUAUCGUUGUUGAAACUUGCAACGACCUUUUCACCUAA